GCUGCGGCUGCAAUAAGAGAAGUCCGAGACGGCUUCCUCCUCCCUGCCCAGAGGGGGCGGCGGUCAGAGGCGGGCAGUACCCCAGUUUUCUCCCUCCACACGUCGGCACUUGUGGCUGCUGGGAGCCCAGCUGGCUCGCCCUGAGGUUCGUCAGAAGCCGCCUCCCCUGGCACCAGCUCCUCCUGGACCACACAUGUCUCCCAGCUCCCAAGAAUCUCAAGUUUCUAAAGACUCCUGUUUUAGAGGCUGAUGAUGCCUGAAAGCCUUGGAUGCCAUCCCCACCUCCAUUCUCUCCCUGGCCCUAAACCAGCCCUGCAACCUCCUGGAGCCUUUCGGACACAGUGGUUUUGCCCCAAGGUCUCUGGCCCCUCCCAAGGACCAUGCGGCAGCCCCACUGACCAAUGAGUAAGAGCCUGAGGGCAGGGCACCUGGAAUGGGCUGUGUAUUCUGCAAGAAGUUGGAGCCAGGGCCCAAGGAGAAUGCUGGCCUGGAAGGGGACUUCAGGAGCUAUGGGGCUUCGGACCGCUAUGGCCCUGACCCUACUGAGGCCCGGCCUGCGCCCUCCUUUGCCCAUAUCCCCAACUACAACAAUUUCUCCCCUCAGCCCACCAGCCCCAACUUCCUUGCUGGGGGUACCAUCGGGGGCAUAUCAGGAACUGGUGUGACCCUGUUCAUUGCCCUAUAUGACUAUGAGGCCCGGACAGAAGAUGACCUCCCCUUCACCAAGGGUGAGAAGUUCCACAUCCUGAACAACACUGAGGGUGACUGGUGGGAAGCUCGGUCUCUCAGCUCCGGAAGAACUGGCUACAUUCCCAGCAACUACGUGGCCCCUGUGGACUCCAUCCAGGCUGAAGAGUGGUACUUUGGAAAGAUCGGGAGGAAGGAUGCAGAGAGGCAGCUGCUCUCCCCAGGCAAUCCCCAGGGAGCCUUUCUCAUUCGGGAGAGCGAGACCACCAAAGGUGCCUACUCCCUGUCCAUUCGGGAUUGGGACCAGGCCAGAGGCGAUCACGUGAAGCAUUACAAGAUCCGCAAGCUGGACACAGGUGGCUACUACAUCACCACGCGGGCCCAGUUCCACUCCGUGCAGGAGCUAGUGCAGCACUACAUUGAGGUGAACGAUGGGCUGUGCCACCUGCUCACGGCAGUCUGCACGACAAUGAAGCCACAAACUCUGGGCCUGGCCAAGGACGCCUGGGAGAUCAGCCGAAGUUCCAUCACGCUGGAGCGCUGGUUGGGUACCGGCUGCUUCGGGGAUGUGUGGCUGGGCACAUGGAACGGCAGCACGAAGGUGGCGGUGAAGACGCUGAAGCCGGGCACCAUGUCCCCAAAGGCCUUCCUGGAAGAGGCGCAGGUCAUGAAGCUGCUGCGACACGACAAGCUGGUACAGCUGUAUGCUGUAGUGUCGGAGGAGCCCAUCUACAUCGUGACGGAGUUCAUGUGCCACGGUAGCUUGCUGGAGCUCCUCAAGGACCAGAAGGGCCAGGAUUUGAAGCUGCCCCAGUUGGUGGACAUGGCAGCCCAGGUAGCUAAGGGCAUGGCCUACAUGGAGCGCAUGAACUACAUCCACCGAGACCUGAGGGCAGCCAACAUCCUCGUGGGGGAGCAGCUGGUGUGCAAGAUCGCUGACUUCGGCCUGGCCCGUCUCAUCGAGGAUAAUGAGUACAACCCCCGGCAAGGGACCAAGUUUCCUAUCAAGUGGACAGCCCCAGAGGCUGCCCUUUAUGGCAGAUUCACCAUCAAGUCAGAUGUGUGGUCCUUUGGGAUCCUGCUCACUGAACUCAUCAGCAAGGGCCGAGUCCCUUACCCAGGCAUGAGUAACCGGGAAGUGUUGGAACAGGUGGAGCACGGCUACCACAUGUCGUGCCCCCCAGGCUGCCCAGCAUCCCUGUACGAGGCCAUGUUGCAGACCUGGCGUCUGGACCCAGAGGAGAGGCCUACCUUCGAGUACCUGCAGUCCUUCCUGGAGGACUACUUCACCUCCACAGAACCCCAGUACCAGCCUGGGGAUGAGACAUAGCCCAUUUCGACCUCUCUGGGAGUGCCCGCCAGCCUCUUCCAAUCCCCAGGGCUCUGGUACCAAAGCCCCCAGGCUUAGAACCCUAUAUCCUAGCAUAUCAGAGCACACCAGUUACUCUGAUGCCACUGAGGGCAACCCACUGAUUUUAAAGAAGGGCAAAUCCAGGCUCAGAGAUCAUUCCUCAUCCACUCUGGCCCCAGGUGCCAUUUCUCUCCUUCCACCUUGGGCCCCUAUAUACCUCUACUCUUCCUGCUCCCACCACCACAAAAAAGAAAUGCUCAGACCCUGUCUAGUUAUUUAUUAAACUGCAUGUCUUUUCUCUCACCAUCCCUGCUUAGGAAAGGUUCUGAGAGAUGGGGUUCAAAUUUCAUCUCUACCUACCCUGACAUCCCACCCUGGUCCAGGACCGCAGAAUUCACCUCCUACUCAAUUCUCUUGUCUGAGUUACAAAGAUAGGGAAAGACUUUCCUAGAUCCUUUUCCUGCUGGAUACUGUAGUCCAGGACUGGGGUCCAAGCCCAGGACUGAGGGAAAGGGUUGCUGAGGGCUCACCCCUUCUCUGAAUCAUGUGUCUGUUUAUUGAUUUUGUAAUAAGAAAAAUGAUGAUAUGAAUCCUUGAGCCAUGAAAAUCCCUUCCUUUGGGAGGGAGGGUAGUCAGUGGGAGGUGAGUGGGGCUGCUUUGGCUACUGGGAAAAAGGGCAUAUUAGAAAGUACCCCUAAUACCUACUAAGCACAGAGCACCCAAGGGGUGUUUUAGGACACCCAAAAGUCCCAAUGCUCAUCCCCAUGUGAGUUCAGGAUGAGCUGACAAAUGGAGACAGAAGACAGGCAACGGGAGAUCAAAAUGUCCCCUUCAUUACUGAUGUGGCUUUCAGUCUGUGUGCAGUGGGUUUGCUAAUUCUUUACUUCAUUUCAGCUGAUUUACUGUUCAUCACAGGCACAGCUGCAAGCCUCCUCUGACAGGGGCAGGGAUGGGGAGGAUCACAGUGGGACCUCUGUAGCUCCCCCAAAAGAAGACAGAGGGAGAGGCCUGGAAGUUAGUCUAUGACAUUGGAUCUCACUUGGGGCAGCUCUGUCCCCUAGAGAGCUUUGGAGAGGUUUCGAAGCAGUUUCAUUUGUCACAACCACUGGGGGCUCCUACUGGCAUGGAGUGGGCAGGGAUUGGAGGUGCUAAACAACCUGUCAUGCACCUGUGCAAUGAGGACGUGUCCCAUCCCCCAACUCCUACUUUCAGAAACUGGCAGCUGAUGUGCCUCCAUGUGGAAACAAGAGGAACAGGGAAUAAGGAUUCCCACCUCUGCCAUCAGGAAAUUGUUGACCCCUGACUUACGAAGGGGGUGGAUGGAGAAAGAGGCUGAGAAUGACUGCUACAAUUGGCAAAUGAUGACUAAGCAGUAACUCUGUGAAGUGCCCCAGAAAUACAACUCCUGGAGGAGUUCACAGGCUGGAGAGAAAUAAUAGUAAUAAAUAAUAACUCAUUUAUUAAGUGUCUGCUGAAUGCCGGAUGUGUUUACAUUCAUUUACUCCAGUCCUGAGUCUGGUUCUAUGAUUAGCCUCCAUUUACUGAUGAGGAAACUGAGGCUCAGGGGUCACAUAGAUAUACAUAACAGAGCUGGGAUUUGAACCGAGGUCUCAUGCUAAGGCCCAUGAUCUUUCUACCAGACCUCACUGCCUCUGGGCUUUGGGAAGAGAUCAAAUCUGCCCCGUAGAUGUUUGGAAGAUCCUUCUCCUUCUAGAUACUGGUAGAAACAUUCCCUGGAAACCUCUGAAAUUGAGUGACCUCUUAGGAAAGGGGAUAAGGUGGCUGUCAUGAGGGGCGGCCUGCGGGGUCUCUGCUCCCACUCCCCACAUAAGAACGCAGGACAUGGUGAGGCCAA